AUGACUAAAUCAAUUUCAUCAGAUGAUAAUAAUGAAAUAUCUACAUUGAUAGUUCAAAAGAAUUCGUUAAACAAAAUCGAUGAAUAUUCAUUGAUAAACAAUGACCCAAUAGCAACUCUAGAUAAUAAUGAAGUUUAUGAAAAAAUUCGACCAUUAAAAACAGUAACAAAAACAUUCAAUGAAGAUCAAGCUCAUGGUGAUGAUACUCAUAUUGAACUAUCAAAAGAUCAAGAAAAUUUAUUGGAAUUAUUUUCACAUGAAAAUCAACAAAAUGUACAUUCAUCACAAAAACAAACAGGUAUUUUAUCACUAAAAAAAGAACUUAAUUUCGAUGAUAUUUCAUUACAACAACAACGAUCACCUAUUGAUGUAUGUGAAUAUGAAAUAGAUUUAGGCAAUGGUCGCAUAACAAAAUCUAUUUCAUCUUAUCAAUCCGAUGAUAAACAACAACAACGAACAACAUCAAUUAUAUCAGCUGAUUCAAUCCAACCAACAACUACAUCUCGAAUACCAUUCACUAAUAAAUUUUAUAAACAACAUAUGUAUCCAAAACAAGAAACCACAAUUAAUCAUUGUGAUGAAUCGAAUAUUUUAUUCAAUUUACAUGAUUAUGUACAAGAAUCAGAAACAAAAUUUUCACUUAGAACAAUAACAAUUUUUAGUAUCGGUACAACGAUUAUUAUUAUUCUUAUGAUUGUCUUAAUAUUGUUUGUCUUUUGA